UCGCACACCAUGGAAUAUAAGGUAAUUGCGCUCGCUGCCCUUGUGGCCGUUACCCUCGCCCGCCCUGAGAGCACACCAUCCUAUGGUUAUGGUGCCCCAACGCCCUCUUCAGGACCUGCCAAGUACGACUUCAACUACGCCGUCAACGACCCACCAUCUGGCAACGACUUCGGUCAUCAGGAGGCCCGAGAUGGCCCUAACACUCAGGGUUCCUACUACGUCCUCCUUCCCGACGGUCGUCUUCAGAAGGUCACCUACACUGUCAACGGCGAUUCUGGUUACGUGGCCGAUGUCACCUACGAGGGUGAGGCCUCCACACCACGCCCCUAUACACCCGCCCCUCACUAUGCUUAGAUAUCGUUAGGUUUGAUGGAUUAUUUUCAUUACCAAUAUGUAUAUAGUAUAAUAAACUAGCAUA